UUCCGCUUCCGGGUGGCGAGUCUCUGUGGCGCGCUGUUGAAGCUAAGUGGUCGCCAUGGAGCUGACGGGCGAGUACGUCGGGUGUGACGGGGAGCCCCGGCGACUGCGAGUAUCCUGUGAGGCGUCGGGGGACGCGAACCCUCUCCAGAGCCUGUCGGCGGGUGUGGCCCGGAUGAAGGAGCUGGUAGCCGAGUUCUUCGGGCCCCUCGUGGAGCGGGACGCACCGGGCGCGACAGUGGAUCCGGAGGACGCUGUGGAUGGAUCGAAUGUUGAGGUUGCCAUCUUGUGCAGAGAUGGGUAUUUUGCCUGCCGUGUAUGUAUGUCUGAACACCACUUCUCUGUUUUCUAAGGCCAGAAGAAGGCAUCAGAGCCGAGCAGGCAGUGGUCUUAACCACUGAUUUCUCCAGCCCCAACUUUGUUAAUAGAAAAAAUAUUUUGUAGUCACUAUGUACCCAUGGUUGUCCUUGGAACUAUUAGACCUGCUGACUUUGAAUUUGCAGAGAUCUGACCACCUCUGCCUCAGCAGUGCUAAAAUUAAAGAAAUGUGCCACUAUA